AGGGGGGUUUUAGAGUAGGGAAUUUAUCUACGGAAGCCAGCCGGGGCCAGGCUUAAGCAAAGAACAGUCGAAAUUCAGGACUAGGUUCUGUGGGAUCAGGGGCAAGAAAUUGAGGACCAUUACGACAUUGCUGAAAGAAGAGAAAAGCUCUGUAGUGUAUUCCAAAACUACUGCGUAUUCGUAGUGUAGCAUGCCUUCUGCCAUGAGGAUUCCUGUUCCUGGUCUCUGUCUGUUGCUACCGGUGCUGGUAGCAGUGGCAGAGCUUCCUUUGAUCCGGGGCAAAGGGUUUGGCUUUGAGAUCGUAUCUGCACUGCCAGUUCAAAAUCAGUUUAGGAUAGGUAGUAGUAGCAGUACCGGUACUGUUUGUUACAUGGGUUGCAAUAGUUCACCACCCCAUCCUGGUGGCCGUACGCCAGACGAUGAGAUUAUUUGGGAGCUACUUAAUAAGCGGCAUGAUCCAGAUGCCAACGCAAUCUUCGACAAUCUGACAGCAGAAGAUAAACCCGACGUUCAGGAGAUCAUGGACCAUACGGACCGUGGCACGAUUGGCGCUAUCCAACAGUUGGCAAGCAUGUACCUAUCAGGGAUGAGUCGACCAAGAAAUGUUCAGAAAGGCAUUGAGCUGCUCGAAUACUUGGCGAAUCUCUAUGAUACGGAUGCUUUGUUACAGCUGGCCCGUUUGUACGAAGACGGAGAAUAUGGAGUACAGCAAGACGAGCGUAAAGCUUGGCAGUAUUAUUUGCGGGAUAUGGAAAUGAAGCGAGCCCGGUUGAAGUCACGCGGCCAUACACCCCUGGAUUCAAUCGAAAAAUGGAUUCAACUUGCUGGAAGUGAACUAGAGGCAUCUCUCCGUUCAGGUGCCAUUCGACUUUUGGAUGCGUCAUGGCUAAUCCGCCAAUCAAUCGAGUCGCUCUCCACCUCUGUUAUUACCUACCGCCAAAAUCUUCCGGAUGAGGCAUUUCUUAACAUAGAAGAUGUUGUCGGAGCAACCAAAUUGGAGGAAAUUGACUUUUCGACGCGCCUCCGGGUGAUAUGCCUCAGCUACAUGUGGUUGGACAAGUCUCAUCCAGACCCGCAUGGCUGGGUGCUGAGCACUCUGGUAACCAAGCUGAAGGAGCUUGUGAAGAAUGAUCUAAUCAACCGUCACAAUCAUUGUUGGGGGGUGUUCUGGGACUUUGCGUCCCUCUAUCAGCAUCCCGAUCCAAGCAGUGAUCAGUACCGCGAAGAAUGGCAAACGGAUCUAUUCAGAGAAGGUCUUGAAGCACUUUCGUUCUUCUACUCCCAUCCUUACAUCAACACAUACAAGAUCACAGCCUUUCCUGAUGGUUAUCCCAAAGGUUACACAGUGGCUGAAGAUCCCACCUUGCUCAAGCACGCGACUGUGCCGUAUGCGGAAAGAGGUUGGCCCUUUACUGAAUCCUGUUGGGCUGGACUCACACAAAGUGCUGGUAGAACGAUCGAUAUAUCGAGUGGUGAGCCGAGGAAGACAUUGAAACCAGAAACCGUCGAUCUGGACGACGAAAUGAAACAUCUGUACUGUGAACUGUUUGUCAAGAAUGUUGUUUGCAUGCGUGAUUUAGAAUUCAGGCUUCCGGCGAUGAGUCUUUCUGCAAAGAUGGAAUUAGUAUCAGAAAUCUGUGAGAAGAAUAUAUCUCCUCGAGAAGGUCCAAUCAACCCGGACUUCUUUGAUUGUGAAAUAGAAUCGCGGAGCUUCACUAACCAAGUCGACGACAAGCCACUCGUAAAGCGCUUAUAUCGAAGUUACUUCGAGAAGCGUUACACACAAGUGGAGGUGCUCAAUUUUAGGUUCAUGCGUUGGAGCGAUGAUGAUAUCAACCUCGUCAUCAGUUGUAUCCGGCAAGGAUACACUCCAAACCUGAAGAGACUAGACUUGAGCUCCAACUUUGCAGGACCCAGCAGUUGUGGCGCCCUUGCCGACGUCAUUCUUGCCAAGAAGGUACCUCACUUGACAGAGGUUUAUUUCAGUUACAAUCUCAAUCUGGGCAACAAAGGGGUAUCGGCACUCUCACCGGCUGUUAAUUCCAUACGAUCCUUGCACUUGGAAGGUACCUUCCUCGGAUCGAAAGGGUGUCAGGCGAUAGCUGAUGUUGUUCUCCAAGAUGAUUCAUCGCUGUUGCGAGAGUUGUAUCUACAUGACAACCCAUUGAUUGAGCUGGAGGGCUGUAAGGCUCUUGCAUCGAUAGCUUCACAGCUAGAGGUGCUAGACCUGGCCAACUGCAAUGUCGACAAUUCGAGUUGCGCCUGUCUUGUUGAAGCGAUAAUACGCUUUCCACCCAGAUUGAGAAAGUUUGAUUUGGCAAAGAACCCAUUUGACGACGCGGGCUGCGACAAGAUGAAAGAUCUGAUCUUGCACUGUGCUGCAACAUUGGAAAGUAUAUCCUUAGCUGAGACCAACAUUUCCUCUAGCAUCAGGGCCGACUUGGGGACCGUCCCCUUCAAGGGCGCCGAGAAUCGUGACGAGCCGUUCUGGGGUUUACGCAUAUAGAGUUCCCAGUGUGCGCUCUAGGCAGCUAGAAUACAUUUUGGUACUUGUAUGCUGUUGUUGUCUUAUCUUGUAAAGUUGAGUACCAGGUACUUGGAAUCUCAAUUUUAAAAUAAAAACCUGCUUACUAUU